CCCCCCUGGUGAUUAGUGGCUCCGCCCAUGAUGUCGUGCACUUGCCUUUGCAACCAUCACCCGCAUCUCUACCAGCCCCCAUGAGCAUGAGCUCCCCUCCGACGCGCCUCCUCUUUGUAGGAGGCAUCGUCACCCCAGCAUCGCAGAUUGAGCUGACCCUCCUCCACUCUGGCCUCCUCGGCGUUGAUAACGACGGCACAAUCGCAUUCGUCGAGGACCUGAGCAAGCUGCCCGAUAUCCAGAACGACGAGGGCGACGAUGGUCACUCAACACCUCGAGCCCGCUCUCUUGAGCGAGGCGCGCUCCACAUCAAGACGAGACCCACGCCGACUCAGGACCCACUCCCUCCACGUCAACGCCGCUGCAUACAGACAUACCUGUCCGCUUCUCAUCGAGCUUGGAACUUUCAUGAAUGCCAUCUCACCGUCCUUCCCUACGGAUCAUUCCUCACACCCGGCCUCAUCGACACGCAUCAGCACGCCUGUCAAGUACCCAACAUCGGCCUUGGACAGCAGUACGAGCUCCUCGAUUGGCUCAACCACGUAACCUUCCCUCGUGAAGCACGUUUCAGCUCAGACGACUACGCCCGCAAGACUUACGAGUCCGUGGUUCAGCGCACCAUAGAUUGCGGGACCACCACCGCCUGCUACUAUGCUACUCUGCACUUGGACGCAACAAAGAUCUUGGCCGAGGUAGCCAACAAGAGGGGGCAGAGAGCCUUUGUGGGCAAGUGUCAGAUGGAUCGCAACGCGCCGGACUACUACGUCGAGCCAAGUGCUGCACAAUCGAUUGAGGAUACCAAGGCUUUCAUCAGGUACUGUGAGCAGCUGGCUCAGCUUGGACCAGGAGCGGACACCUCCACCAGCAGGAUGACGAGGGCUACCUCUAUCUCCUCCUCCACGUCGUCAGCUACCUCUGAAGGAACUUCUCCCUCCGACGAUGAGUCGCUCGCCUCUCCACUCUCGGACCCUGAGGAGGACGCCAUUCUCAUGUCGCAGAGCGUGGCCAAAUUGAGCAAGACCCUGGACGAGGUCGCAGAGGCGACCCCGGAAGCAGCGCCAGCCCGCUCUACCUCGAUGGCGCAGAGUGAAACGAACGACGCGUCCACCGCGGCGGCGCCCACCACGCCUUCUGCAGCCUGCGCAUCCCCCUGCUCAUCCUCUGUACCCCUCUCUUCCGCCCUGGUCCAACCAAUCCUGACCCCUCGCUUCGGAAUAGCCUGUACCGACUCCCUCCUCACCUCCAUCUCGGCCGUCCUCUCCCGGGACCCUUCUCUGCGACUGCAAACGCACCUCUCCGAAUCACUAGGCGAGAUCGCCUUUACGCGUUCCCUCUUCCCUUCUGCGCCCACCUACACGGCGAUGUACGAUCACUUUGGCCUUCUGGGCCCCAGAACUGUUCUGGCCCAUGCGGUACAUCUCGACGAAAGUGAGAUGAAGCUGGUCAAGGAAAGGGGAUGCGGAAUCGCGCAUUGUCCCAAUUCCAACUUGAAUCUAAGGAGCGGGACGAUGCGCGUGGGCGAGAUGCUGAAUCGCGGGAUCAAGUGCGGAUUGGGCACUGAUGUGAGCGGCGGGUUCUCGCUGGGCAUGCUGAGCGCAGUGAGGGAGGCAAGCUGUGUUGCGAAGGUGGUGCAGUUUGGUGGCAAGGAGGCGGCUACGAAGGUAGAUGGUGGGGAGGGGAAUGACGGGGACAUCAUCGCUCCCAUCGGUGGUUACGACUUCCUCUCCCGUCCUCUCCUCCCCGCCACCCUCCUCUGGCUCGCAACGGUUGGAGGCGCUCAAGUAGCCAGCGUGGAUGAUCGCACCGGCUCGCUUGAGGUUGGGAAAGACUUCGAUGCCCUUCUGGUCCGCUUAGUUGAGCCAGAGGAUGAGGACGACAACGGACGCAAGCCGUACAGAGGCAACCCAUCUUGUUUCGUUGACGACGGGGAGCCGUUGGCCGAUCUGGUCGAAAAGUUCCUGUUUACGGCUGAUGAUCGCAAUUUGGCACGAGUAUAUGUAAAGGGGAGGAUGAUCGGUGGGGUGGACUUUCAUCGAAGACAGAGUAUGGAGUGAGCGCGGAGCAGAUGUACAUACGCGAGCGAGAUUAUAGGCGGUGAUAACAGCUUGAGAAUACCAAGGAAAGCAUGUUAGGCGCAGUCGAUCAGGCAGGACAAUGCAGAGGUAUCGACGUGAUUUUCGAUUAUGAGUCAUCAAAGAGGCCCAAAGUUGAAGACGUGUGACAAGGGUGAGGAGGUAGGUCAGGAUUACAGCGCCAAAUAGCGAAGGUGGUCCGAAAGAGAGAGCUCUUCGAAGAUUUUCAGCGAACAGGCACAACAAAUCAUGGCCUUCUCCUCUCAGUCCCUGCAACC